AUGUGCAAUAAAUAGUAGGUUCAUGUGGUCUGGGAUAUUAAAACAGUGCUCUCUUGUUUUUAAACAUUGCUUAUUUCAGAUUUAAGACUUCUUGGUUUCUAAGAAAAUGGCAGAAACAUCACCAGAGCCUUCCCUACAGCUUUCUGUACACUCAGACACUCACAGUGACACGGUCCUGGCCAGUUUGGAAGAUCAGAGGAAGAAAGGCUUCCUCUGUGACAUUACUUUAAUCGUGGAGAAUGUGCAUUUCCGUGCCCACAAAGCUUUACUAGCUGCCAGUAGCGAGUACUUCUCAAUGAUGUUUGCAGAAGAGGGGGAGAUCGGCCAGUCUAUUUACAUGCUCGAGGGCAUGGUUGCAGACACCUUUGGUAUCUUGCUGGAGUUUAUCUACACAGGUUAUCUCCAUGCCAGUGAGAAAAGUACAGAACAGAUCCUCGCUACUGCUCAGUUCUUAAAAGUCUAUGACCUAGUAAAGGCUUUCACAGACUUUCAACAUACUCAUAAUUCCCCAAAGCCUGUGACUUUGAACACUGCUGGUGCUCCAGUGGUGGUUAUUUCUAAUAAAAAAAAUGAUCCUCCAAAGAGGAAACGGGGAAGACCAAGAAAAGUCAACAGUAUGCAGGAGCGGAAGUCAGAACUGGCUGCAGAGGAAGAAAUACAAUUAAGAGUGAACAAUUCAGUUCAGAAUAGACAGAAUUUUGUAUUUAAAGAAGGAGACAAUGAUGUUCUGAAUGAACACAUUCCAGUCAAAGAAAAGGAAGAAACUGAGCCUGCUUGUGAGCCAGGUAGAGUGGAGGAAAUGCCAGCUGAAAAAGAUGAGAACCAGGAUCCCAAGACCCAGGAUGGGCAAGACAGCCAGAGUCGGUACAGCAAGCGGAGGAUUCGGAGAUCUGUCAAACUUAAAGAUUACAAACUUGUUGGGGAUGAAGAAGACCAGGGUUCAGCUAAGAGGAUUUGUGGAAGGAGAAAGCGCCCUGCUGGUCCUGAGGCCCGUUGUAAAGACUGUGGCAAAGUUUUUAAAUACAAUCACUUUUUAGCAAUCCAUCAAAGGAGCCACACAGGGGAGCGACCUUUCAAGUGCAAUGAGUGUGGAAAAGACUUUGCCCAGAAGCACUCCCUACAGGUCCACACCAGGAUGCACACAGGCCAGCGGCCAUACACCUGUACCGUGUGCAGCAAGGCUUUGACCACCAAGCACUCGCUGCUGGAGCACAUGAGCCUGCAUUCAGGACAGAAGUCUUUUACCUGUGAUCAGUGUGGAAAAUAUUUUAGCCAGAGAAGACAACUAAAGAGCCAUUAUCGAAUCCAUACAGGCCACUCAUUACCGGAAUGUAAUCACUGCCAUCGCAAAUUCAUGGAUGUGUCUCAGCUAAAGAAACACCUACGAACGCACACAGGUGAGAAGCCAUUUACUUGUGAAAUCUGUGGCAAAUCUUUCACGGCAAAGAGUUCUCUUCAGACUCACAUCAGAAUCCAUCGAGGAGAAAAGCCGUACUCCUGUGGCAUAUGUGGCAAAUCCUUCUCUGACUCUAGUGCCAAGAGGAGACACUGCAUUCUGCACACAGGCAAAAAGCCUUUCUUCUGCCCAGAGUGUAACUUACAAUUUGCCCGCUUAGACAACUUGAAGGCUCACUUGAAAAUCCAUAGCAAAGAGAAACACACGGCAGAUGCUAGCUGUGUGUCCAGCAGUAGUAAUACUGAAGAGGUCCGAAAUAUUCUUCAGCUACAGCCAUAUCAGCUCUCUGCCUCAGGAGAGCAGGAAAUUCAGCUUCUUGUAACCGAUUCUGUUCAUAACAUCAAUUUCAUGCCCGGUCCUAGCCAGGGGAUCAGCAUUGUCACUGCAGAGAGUUCCCAGAACAUGACUGCAGACCAGGCUGCCAACCUCAGCCUGCAGCCAGAGCACCUGCAGAAUUUGCUUCUUUCAGCCCAGCAGGAACAAACAGAACACAGUCAGAGCCUCAAUAUGAUUGAAAGCCAGAUGGAGCCCUCGCAGACAGAGCCUGUGCACGUAAUCACACUGUCCAAGGAAACGCUGGCACAUCUUCACACCCAUCAAGAACAAACAGAGGAGCUCCGCUUAGCAGCAAGUGCUUCCGGCCCGGCUCAGCACCUGCAGCUGACACAGGAACCUGGGCCACCGCCUCCCAGUCACCACAUGCCGGAGCCCACACUGCUUGGCCAGGAGCAGAGCUGACCCAUAAACACAUUUGACUGGUGCCUUGGGCUCUUCUCCAUGAGCCAGCUUACAAGUAGAUUGUAAGUGCUUGAAGUCAGGCUCUCAGAAUAUCGAUUUCCUGGUCCUUACAGAAGAUGUGAUAGCUAGAUGCUUUUAUGUUCUCUUUCUAGUCAGCAAGAUGUGUGUGUGCAUAUCAUGUCUUACCUAUAGUACUGCUUUGGAUGGCCAUUCAGUAUUGAUGAAUGCUUUUCAUUUUCAUCUGCUAUUAUAUCUUAAAGACUGGGGGAAUUUUUCUUUGGGGGCAUUGAUUUAGACUUUACUGAAAGUAUUAAAUGUUCACAGCCAUAGGUUAUGGUCUUGCUCUCACCUUUCCAGUUUUAUUUUGUAUUUUCUAGAACAAAGGAAGUCAUUCAUUGGUGGAACAGGAUAAAGCAGUUAGUUCUACUUCCUUUUCUUAGGCAUCACAGUUGCCACUAUAAGACAAGUCAGGACUCAAUAGCACAGAUCAGGGAGGAAAUUAGUCCUUUUUAUAGCUUCUAAUCUGCCAAGAAUAACUAUUCCAAACAUCAGUCUUUGUGCAAUACAGUGGACUCGUUAUGUGUAAGGUAGAUUCAAACUCAUAUAAACCGAAUGUCCAUUUUUCACACAAAUUUAUAAAACAA